AUAGUAAUAAGUAGCAAAUCAUGUAGUACUAGUCUGAGUGACGCUGUUUCUCUCUCUUCUGCAAUUGUCACCCAAAAAUAAAAAAUUAGGGUUUUGUUCUCUCUCUUCUGCAAUUUGUCACCCAAAAAUUCGGGUUUUGUUGGAUUGAGCACAUUUUUGAAUCAAUGGAAGAGAAGGUGGCAAUCGCAAACCCCAAGACUACACAAGAGCUAGCAGUGGAGGGGCAAAGGCACUUAGAAGACACAAUUGAAGCUGCGUUUCAAAUACUCUCUUCCAUGAACGACGAGCUCUGCGACCCAGCCUUGUGGUCUACAACUACUAGUACUGUGAACAAUGGACAUCACGGCUCCACUGCGGUAAACGGCGACGUUUCCUCUGAUUCGACCCACCACUUCGAGAUCGGCGGCGGAGCUCUUGAUGAGGCUCGUCUCCGUUACAAAUCCUCCGUUGCCUCUCUCCGUUCCGUUCUCACCGCAAUACCCAAUUCUCAUAAGGCUAAGGCAUAUGAUAUGGGUUCAACAACUAGCAGUUCAGGAUCUCCAGCAGAUCAAGCUGAAAUAAAGAUGAUGGAAGAACGAGCCUCUGCUUUAAGGAAGGAGCUUUCUCAUAAGAACGAGUAUCUUAAGCUUCUCAUAGAUCAGCUGCGAGAUCUUAUAACCGACAUAUCAACUUGGCAAAGUCCUUGUUCUGUCUAAAGCUGAGAGGAGAUGCAUUCGUCUUGAAAUUUUCACUUUCAAUGGAGACUUGAGUCCAAGAACCAGUAUGACGUGAUAGUACUUCAUUUCAACAUUUUUGGUCUGCGAAGUUGCAAAAUCUAUUCAUUUAAGGUGUUCUUAAAUUAAAUCAGAGGGAGGUAGGUUAGAUUUAUGCAACAAUACAUUUGAUAAAGAUGGAAAAUGCCGACAAAUGGAGCAUCUAAAAGUUUUUGAGUGUCCUAAUAUGUUAAACGUUAUAGAUGAAAUGUUUGUUCAAUGGUAAUUUCUUGAUAAAUUUGCUAUAUGACUGACAAAUGUUUUAACGUUGUGGUAAAGCCUCAUAUAGUACCCAAAAUUUGUUUUCCUUC